UGAAUAGGAUUGUUCUAUUUUUUUCGAUUACUUGUAAUUUCUAAAUAAAAUCAUGGACGUAGAGAAUCUAAAGAGCUGGGUAUCACAACCAGACGUCUGUCGGUGCUGCCUUUCAGCCAGUGGUACCUGGGACCUCACGGCAUCGUACGUAACAGAGGAUGGAGUCAAAGAAGUAUUUUCAGACAUUUUACAGGAAUGUUACGGGAUUUCACUCUCGUGCUUAUCAGAGUGGGGGCCAAGUCGGUUGGUGUGUGCGCUAUGUGUAGGACACCUGAGGGACGCCACCAGCUUCAAAAAACAAGUUCUAGAAGCAGACAGAUACUUUGCAGAAUACCUUAGUAAAAAAGAGUGCAUUGAAAUGAUAAAGACUGAACCGGGUUCUGACCGCAGUGUAGAUGACUUUGCUGAGCAACUGGAAAUUCCUACAACAGACACAAGUCAAUUGAUAAAAGAUGUGAAGUCAACGUUAAAACAAAAUAAAUCUGAAAAUAGAAAGAGACACAAACAUUCAAGAGCUAAAGGAAAAACAAGAAAAGACUCUGACUAUGAUUCUGAUACUCCUUUGACAUUACUGACGAAAAGAAGUCAGGAUAUUGACACAAAUAAUAUUGAUGUCAAUAUUGAUGACAAUAUGGGACACAUGGAUCUACAGUGUGAAGAAAUUCAUCAUGAAAACAGCCGCCAGCCUGUCAAAAUAAACGCAACCAAGCAAAUAUCAGAGCGCAGACGCGUCAUUUUGACGUGCGGCGCCGUUCUGCGGGACACCACGGCGUGCCCCUUCCGCCACCACAAAAGCUGGUUCCAAUGCUUCUUCUGCCAUGAAAACUUCAUUCAACUCAAUUUACUAAGAACCCAUACGAACGAAACGCAUUCUGACAUAGAGGGAGAAUUAAAAAAAAUAAAGCGCUACCCGCGCUCGCUUCAAAUCGAAAUUUCGAAUUUGGAAUGCCGACAUUGCAAUUUGAAUUUGACAGAUGUCGAAAACAUGCGCCGCCAUCUUAGUGACGUCCAUGAUAAGGUUAUUUAUAGGGAAUGCAUCGCUGAUUAUAAAGUUGAUGCGAGUCCCUACACAUGUCAUUUGUGUACGCAGGAGUUUCAUGUUUUUAGAACAUUGACGACGCAUCUGAACGAGCACUACGCGAAUUGCAUUUGUGAUGUUUGCGGGAAAUCGUUCCUUAAUUCUAAACGGCUUAAGGUUCAUAAACGUACGCACGACACUGGCAAUUUUCCGUGCUCUGAAUGCGGGAAAAUACUUAAAACGAAAACAUCUAAAGCUAAUCAUAUGGAGAGCGCGCAUUCAAAACGCAUAAUAAAAUGCCAGAUAUGCUUCAAGCCUAUGAAACACUAUAAUGAUAGAAUCAAACACAUGUCAGAAGCGCAUAAUAUUACGCAUAAAUUUAAAUGCCCGAUUUGCUCGAGAGAAUACAACAUAAAGCAUUAUUUGGCAACGCAUAUAAGACAGACGCACGGGCAUAAGAAUAAAAAAUGUUCUGAAUGUGGGAUGGCGUUCAUAACUAACCAUGGUUUGAAGAAACAUAUGUUGAAGCAUACUGGGGAAAAGCCGUAUACUUGUUCAGUAUGUUGUAAAGCUUAUGCGAGGAGUUAUACUUUGAGGGAGCAUAUGAGAGCGCAUGAAAAUGAUCGGAGAUUCAUGUGCCCUGAAUAAUCAAUAUAGAAUUAUCGAGCUGGAAACCUUCAAGAGUGACUCCCGAAAGCUACAUAGAAAAUCGUCAUCUUAGAUCAAAUAUCACGCUAAUAUUGAAAAACUCCACAAUACUUCCUUUCAAACAUAUUAACAAAUA